AUGGGCUCUCGCCUUCGCGUUCAACAGAUUAAGAAUGAGGCCCCGCUCCCAUAUCAAGACGAUAGCAGGGCAUUCACGAGGGAAUAUGCUGCAUCUUUGGAUGCGGAAGAUCCGCUGCGUCAUUUCCGCGAUGAGUUUAUAAUACCCUCUGUAAAAGACCUCAAGAGAAAAACACUCGACCCGUCCAACGUUUCUGAAGACUCAUCGGAGCCUCGAAGCAUCUAUCUCUGUGGAAACUCUCUGGGUCUCCAGCCUCGUAACACGCGAAAAUACAUUGACUACUACCUACGGACUUGGGCCGUCAAAGGCGUAACAGGCCACUUUACCCACCAUGAAGAUGAGCUUCUUCCCCCGUUUGUCGAUGUCGACUCGGCAGGCGCAGAGCUCAUGGCUCCCAUAGUUGGAGCCCUGGAGAGCGAAGUUGCGGUCAUGGGCAGUCUCACAGCAAACCUUCAUCUACUGAUGGCCAGCUUCUACCGACCAACCGCAGAGCGAUACAAGGUAAUCAUCGAGGGAAAAGCGUUCCCUAGUGACCACUAUGCUGUCGAGUCUCAGAUCCACAAUCACAAUCUUCGUUCAGAGGAUGCCCUGGUUCUCAUUGAGCCACAAAAUCCUGACCAGCCAAUCCUCGAAACAGACCAUAUACUUCGGGUGAUUGAUGAGCAUGCCUCGAGCACAGCUCUUCUCCUUCUUUCUGCUGUUCAGUUUUACACUGGGCAAUAUUUUGAUGUCGAGAAAAUCACUGCGCAUGCCCACUCUAAAGGCAUUGUCGUAGGCUGGGAUUGCGCCCAUGCAGCGGGAAAUGUUGACCUAAAGUUGCACGACUGGAAUGUUGACUUUGCUGCGUGGUGUAACUACAAAUAUCUCAACAGUGGUCCAGGCGGAAUGGCAGGGAUAUUCGUGCACGAGAGGCAUGGUGAAGUGAAAACGAGCAAGGGCGAUGGAGAUCUCCAAUCAUUCCAUCCCCGCCUCUCUGGCUGGUGGGGAGGAGACAAGGCUACUCGAUUCUUGAUGGAGAACCAUUUUGUUCCUCAACCUGGUGCUGCAGGAUAUCAGGUGUCCAAUCCGUCCGUCCUUGAUCUGAACGCGGUUGCAGCAUCUCUUGAGUUAUUUAACCGGACUUCUAUGGCCGAGAUUCGCCAAAAGUCCCUCAAGAUCACGGGCUACCUCGAACACCUUCUUUUGAAGUAUCCUUUUGACGGACUGUCCGAAAAGCCCUUCAGCAUUAUCACACCGUCAAAUCCCUCAGAGCGUGGUGCUCAGCUCAGCCUGCGCCUGGCGCCAGGUCUUUUGGACAAGGUUUUGGAGGAAUUGGAGGAGCAUGCUGUAGUAAUUGAUGAAAGGAAGCCAGAUGUCAUCAGGGUUGCGCCGGCGCCCUUGUAUAACACGUACGAGGAGAUGUGGCAUUUCUGUCAGAUCUUCCUGGAGGCUUGCAAAAAGGCAGUCCAGGAGUGA